CGAAGACGGAAAGCCGUCGCUAUUCUUUCACGCUCUUCUACCCGUCGCCAUCCGGUUUACUCAGCGAGCGCCUCCUGCCUACCUCCGAUGGGAUGGAGCUCAACUACGUGACCCGACCAUGAGAUCAUUUCUCCGUUGACGCGCCUGGUAUAAAAACCUUGACUCGAGCUCCUAACCACAUCCCAACCACCUACAACAUGUCUGAUCCUCGCAACCCGAAUAUCAACAACAGGACCACGCCCCAGUACGCGCUGUACCAGCGGGACAACCUGCUGAAGGGUCGUGAAGGCGAUGUUCCCAUUUUCAACACCGACCCCGCCAAGUUGGAGGAACUCGCCAAGGAGAAGCUCACUCAAGCGGGAUGGUACUACGCGUCCUCCAACGCGGGCAUGUCGUAUACCCACCUGGCGAACCGGCAGGCCUUCUACCGCCACCGCAUAAUCCCUCGGAUGCUGGUCGACACGAACACGCGCGAUACGGCUACGACUAUCUUUGGCCACAAAGUCGCCGCGCCCAUCGGCUUUGCUCCCAUUGGCAUAAACGUCAUCUACCACCCUCUCGGAGAGCUCCCUGUCGCCAAGGUCGCCGAGGAGCUGAACCUGCCUUACUGUCUCUCGACCGCAGGAAGCAACUCCAUCGAGAGCGUCGGUGCUGCUAACGGCAACGGGCCGCGCUUCUACCAGCUCUAUAUGCCGCACGACGACGAGCUGACACUCAGUCUCCUCAAGCGCGCGUACGACAGCGGCUUCACUGCGUGCAUGAUCACUGUCGACACCUGGCAGCUGGGCUGGCGCCACGACGACGUCGCGACCUCCAACUAUGCCUUCUACCGCGGUGUCGGCGCGGAUCUGGGUCUCACUGAUCCUGUCUUCCAGCGCCGCCUCAAGGAGGCGGGUGUCGAUCCCAAGACCCAGCCACAGAUCGCUGGCCAGAUGUGGAUCGACUCCGUCUGGCAUGGGCGCGCCUGGACGUGGGACAAGGUCGAGUGGGUGAUGAAGGAGUGGAAGAAGAUAUCGGGAGGCAAGCCCUUCGCGGUGAAGGGUAUUCAGAGCGUCGCUGAUGCGCAGAAGUGCGUCGAGCUGGGUAUCGACGGCAUUGUGGUGAGCAACCACGCCGGCCGUCAGGUCGACGGUGCAAUCGCGAGCUUGGAUGCACUGGAGAAGAUCGUCCCGGCUGUGGGCGACAAGAUCUACAUCAUGUACGACUCCGGCAUCCGUGGCGCAGCCGACGUCUUCAAGGCGCUCGCCUUGGGUGCGAAGUUCGUCUUUGUCGGUCGCCUCUGGGUGUUCGGUCUGUCGAUCAUGGGCGAGCACGGUGUGCGCCACGUCAUGAAGAGCCUGCUAGCUGACUUCGAUAUCCUCAUGAAUGUCGGAGGCUUCCAGAGUAUCGACCAGAUUACGCGCGAUGCCCUGGACACUUUGCCGAACACGAGCACCUUAAUCUCAACGACGAGCAAGCUGUAGUCUACCAGCACACCGGCGAAGGGAAUGAAGAAUGUAUCAAGAAGGGUGUGUAAUAUAGUUUGUAUGAGCGUGGCCAAGAAAUGCAUGUCGUUUGUGUCUUGUG